AAAUGCCAUUUCCAUCCAAAAAGAAGCGUGCCAAAGUUCAACCCAAGUUGACAAAAGGGAUCCACUUGGGUCCUCAACUCACUUUGGGUACGCUGAGCGUGGCCAUACCUUGCUCUAUUUUAGAAAAUAUACAAAAAGCACAACUACAAACAUAUGUCAUCGGACAAUUGGCUCGUACACUCACCAUAUUCAAGGUCGAUGAAAUAAUAUUGUAUUCGCAAGACCGGAACAAAGAGGAAGCUGCUCCAUCGAUAGCUUUUUUAAAACUUUUAUUGGAAUAUUUGGAAACUCCACAAUAUCUGAGAAGGCACUUGUUUCCAAUGAGUGAGAACUUAAAGUAUGCAGGUUUGUUGAAUCCAAUAGAUGCACCUCAUCACUUGAGAAAAGACGAAUGGCUACCUUGGAGAGAAGGUGUCAUAUUAGAAGAGAAACAGGGUGGAGUGUAUCUGGUCGAUGUAGGAUUGGAUCGACCUGCAACAGUGAAGGCGCAACAUAAUGUAAAGAAAGGAGAAAGAAUAACGGUUUCUUUUGACCAGUCGAAAGAGACGUCUGAUCCUUUGAUGGGUAGUUUGUGUUUCAAAGCAACUCCAAGAGAAAAAGGUGGAUUGUAUUGGGGAUAUCAAGUUCGUAUUGCCACUGCUCUAUGCAAGACUUGGGAAGAAUGUCCUUAUGAAGGUGGUUAUGAUAAAGUGAUUGGAACUUCAGAAAGAGGUAAAAGUAUUGACGACCCUUCUUUUCGCCUUACUCCUUGUCGUCAUUUAUUGUUAAUGAAAAGUUAUCUGUUCAAGGAGUUGGGCGUUAUUUUGGUGUGAACGAGCUAUUUCAUGACUAUAUUAAUAUUUGUCCUUUUCA